UAGCACUGGAGUAUGUGAUCAUGUUCGUUCCGUAAGACCUUCCCCCAAGGGUCAUAUCAAGCUACACUAGAGCUGCUUAGUGUUAGUGUUCAGUUCGCGGGUUCCAUUCCCGCCUUCGUUCGCCUUCGUAGAAGGCUCUAAGACACCGUCGGGAAACGAAAAAAUGGAAGAAUUUAGGGUUUUUCCCGAGUCCCCUGCAAGUUAUUCUCAAGCGAGAGCCGGGAUUAUCUCGAAGAUUCGUUUGGAAAACUUCAUGUGCCAUAGUAGCUUAGAGAUCGAGUUCGGUGAUUACGUUAAUUUCAUUACUGGGCAGAACGGGAGCGGUAAAAGUGCAAUAUUGACGGCAUUAUGUGUUGCAUUCGGUUGCCGAGCUAAGGGGACCCAAAGGGCUUCAACACUGAAGGAUUUCAUAAAGAAUGGGUGCAGCUAUGCCAACAUUCAACUGGAAAUGAAAAAUCAAGGUGAAGAUGCUUUUAAGCCAGAAAUUUAUGGGGAUGUUAUAGUUAUAGAACGCAGAAUUUCGGAUCAACUGCUCUACUAUUAA